AUGGAUAUCGUAACACUUCAAAUAAUCACAGCUUAUAUUUCACAUUAUACUCCAUAUAUUAUAUUAGUUUUAGGAAAUAUUGGAUGUAUAUGUAAUUUUCUAACAUUUACAGCAAAACAAUUACGUCAAAAUUCAUGUGGAUGGUAUUUCUUAAUGUCUGCUUUAUCUGAUUUUAUAUUUAUCAAUUUUGGUAUAUUUACAAAACUAUCAAGUGAACAAUAUGGUAGUACAUUACAAGAUACAAGUCUUGCUUGGUGUAAGAUACGUACAUAUUUUACAUGGGUAUUACCAUGUUUUGCAACAGGUUAUCUAGUUCUGGCUUCACUUGAUCGAUGUUUAUCAACAUCGACAAAUGCACGACUUCGUUCAUUUAGCCAUAUUAAAAUAGCACAUCGAAUGACAUGUAUACCUAUUAUUUUAUAUAGUCUUACAACUUCACAUCAGUUUAUAUAUUUUGUUCUUCAACCAGAAUGUACUCCACUACCAGGUACAUAUUCUUAUUUUUUAUCAAUGUAUAGUAUUAUUUGGACAAGUUUAAUUCCACAAAGUGCAAUACUCAUAUUUGGAUUUGUAACAUAUUUAAAUAUUAGAAAAAGUCAUCAACGUCUUAUUCAAUCAUCUAAGCAUUCUAUACAUCAACAACAACGUAACCGAACUGAUAUACAAAUGAUUAAAAUUACAUUAGUACAAGUUAUAUGUAGUUCAAUUUUACUCAAUAUCCGCACGGCCUAUUAUUCUUACACAGUACUUUCGACAAAUAUUACAAAAGAUAAUUAUCGUUAUGAAGUCGAAUCAUUAUCAUUACAAAUCUCAAGUUAUAUAUUUUAUUUUAAUUUCUGCAAAAGUUUUUUUAUUAAUACACUAACAAGUAAAUUGUUUCGUAGAAUUUUGAAAGAACGUUUAUUUCUAAUAUGGCGACGAAUAACAUGGUGGAAAAUUCGAGUAGCGCCAAAUUUUUCCAAACAGAUGAAUCAAACAAAAUUAGGAACAAUUAAUAAGGUUCAACAAAAUAUUAAAUUAUAA